AUGGACAGCCCCAGCAAUGCCACCAUGCCCUGUGGCUUUCUCCUUCAGGGCUUCUCUGAGUUCCCGCACCUAAGGCCGGUGCUCUUCUUGUUGCUGCUAGCCGUGCACCUGGCCACCCUGGGCGGGAACCUGCUCAUCCUGGUGGCCGUGGCCUCAGUGCCCAGCCCACCACCCAUGCUGCUCUUCCUGUGCCAGCUGUCAGCCAUCGAGCUCUGUUACACUCUGGUGGUGGUGCCCCGCUCCCUGGCUGACCUGGCCACGCCAGGCCUUGGCGGGGGCAGCCCCAUCUCCUUCCUGGGCUGCGCAGUUCAGAUGCAGAUGUUCGUGGCGCUGGGUGGGGCCGAGUGCUUCCUGCUGGCCACCAUGGCCUAUGACCGUUACGUGGCCAUCUGCCACCCGCUGCGCUACACCGCAGUGGUGACCCCAGGGCUGUGCGCAAGGCUGGCCCUGGCCUGCUGUCUCGGGGGACUGGCAGUGUCCGUGGGGCUCACAGUGGCCAUCUUUCACCUGCCUUUCUGUGGCUCCCGCCUACUGGUGCAUUUCUUCUGCGACAUCACGGCGCUGCUGGACCUGGCUUGCACACGGAGCUACGCCGACGAGCUUCCCCUGCUGGGCACCUGCCUCGUGCUGCUGCUGCUGCCCUCACUGCUCAUCCUGUCCUCCUACGGAGCCAUCGCCGCCACCCUGCGUCGCCUGCACUCCCCCAGGGGCCGGUACAAGGCUGCCUCCACCUGCGCCUCGCACCUGGCCGUCACUUUCCUGCACUAUGGCUGUGCCACCUUCAUGUAUGUGCGGCCCAAGGCCAGCUACUCCCCACGGCGGGACCGCACGCUGGCACUCAUCUACACCAACAUCACGCCGCUGCUGUACCCGCUCAUCUACAGCCUGCGCAACCGCGAGAUCACCACCGCCAUCCGCCGGGUGCUGGGGCAGGGGCGGCAGGGACAAGGUCUGUGUGAGCCCUGAAAGCAGGCAGGGACCAGGCCAGAGAGGGCAGCUCCGCUCCCUAAAGCUAACUCUGUCAGGAGGUGUCUGUGUCAGCAACACCACGAGGGGGGCCUCGAGGACUGGAUUCAGGAAAGGGAACCUGGAAAAGCGUCCACACAAGAAGAAUCUCCUUGUGGGGCAGGUGCCCCAUUCUCCACCCCUCCUUUGAGCAGUGGCCAAAGACAGCAUGGUAGAGAUCCCCAGGCCUGCAGAUAGUGGCCCCAUCAGUCUUUGCUAGUUUCCCCCAUGCACUGGGGCCUGUGCAAGGUGAUGGGCUCACAUGAUGAAGGCGGCACAACUCAUGGCCGCAGGGGCUCACAGAUGGAGUGGGAGGAAAAUGUGAGCGGUGAAGGGGCGAUGGAUGGAGUGGCUCCUGAGAAGGAGUUUCUGUGCUAGACUUUUUGAGAGGAGAGGAGAGUCAGGGGAAACUUCCUGGAAGACAAAGAUGGCUAAAUGGAGAACUAUAGGUUGACUAGAGGUCAAUCAGGAGAAGAGGAGGGUGAAGAAGGUCCAGCAGCAAUGAUUCAACAGGGGCUGGGUAUUUGCGGAAGGACCUUGUAAAGAGCGGAAGGAUUUGAACUCAUGGGGUGACAUGAUGACCUACUGUUCCUGUGUGGUCACUGUGGCCAUAGUGUAGAGAAGGAUCUAGGGACAUGGAGGUCUGUCUGGGGAGCUGCUGCCCUAUUCCAGGAGAAAGGUGAAGGGGUCUGGACCAGAGGACUGACACAGGGUAUUAGGGGCAUGGAGUCAAGAGACAGGCAGGAGGUGGAAACUAUAGAAGCUUGACUGGAUAUGGAGGCAUGAGAAAAAGGGGAGUUAAGGAGCAUCUCUAAUCUGGGUCACUGGGUGGACGGUGGUUCCAUUUGCUGGAAACGAGAAAACAGGAGUAAGCUGGGAGGGUGGUGAUGGGUGUUGAAUCUGUGCUGGUGCUGAAUCUGUGUAGCUGAAAUGCCGCCCCGGACCAACCAGUGCAGAUGCUGACUGAGGCAAAUAUGGUUGUGCAGAGUGCAGGGCCAAGAGGAGGGGAGCUCUGGAUUUAUAGAUGGCCACCGAGACCAUGGGGUGGGGGCUACCCCUCAUUAACAAAAAGCUAACAAUUGCUCCCCAUGUGAUGAGAUUAAGGGUGAUUUUUAUUUCCUGAUGGUGUACCUUCCAAAUUUCUCCUAAUCAUUCUCAAUGGAUGUUACUUUUAUACAGAAACAAGCAUUACUUAAGAACAAACACUUUGGGGGCCUGCUCAGUGAAUCAUAAAGACUUGUUACCCCCCAUCCCUGAGAUGAAAGCCUGAGCCCACUUGCCUCAACACUGUCUCCUCACCAACAGCCCAGGAAUGAAGAGGAACUAGAGUGAGCUCUGUGGGGGCCGAUCCAGCAUAUACCUGUGUGGUACGAGGGGAGGAAUGCACCAAGGAACUUUAGUCCACCAGAAACUUGGAGGAAAUAUUGCUGUCAAAGACACAGCAAGGAGACAUUGAAAGGAAGAAUUACUAAUCCACAAUGUCAUGUAAAACUGACAGAGAACAUAAAAUCCCUGGAUGUGACAUUCUCAACAAUGUUACAUUAGUAUAUCCUGGUGUGUUAAAGGGACAAACUGGCACAAAACCUUAA